CCUUGUUGGGACCAGUUCAGUCGCAUACUGGUUAUGAGAUAGCAAAGGUCGUCUGGUGGUGCGUCGAAGUAUAAUCUAAAACACGUAAAUCAUGUCGCUUCCAGACAAGGCACAAGUACCGGAAUACUUCAACCAGAAUCUGAUCAAAAGAUCACUCGUCAGUGGUUUAAACAAUGAUGAUAUUAUAGUGAACGAAUUUCAAAUUUCACCAGCGACCUCAGCCGGGGACAAUUACAUGAGUGAUGUGUUCCGAAUCGCAGUCAAAUACCGAGAUGAAUCGGAUACGGAUGAGGUCAAACAAAUUUCGCUGAUUGUGAAAUGUAUGCCCGACAGUGGAAACCGGGGACCGAUCAUUGAGGAAUUGAUAGUGUACGAAAAGGAAGCGGAAAUGUUCAUCAAUGUGGUGCCUAAACUGUCGAAAAUAGUGGGCGAUGAAUUCUUCGCUGCCAAAUGUUAUCACGCUACGCGUGAUCCGGAGAGGAUGCUGGUGUUCCACGACCUGAAAUCUCUAAACUACACCAUGGCGAAUCGUCACGCCGGUCUCGAUUUCGACCAUUGUGCACUUAUUAUGAGGAAGAUUGGCAAAUUCCACGCGGCCUCGAUGCGUUACGUUGAGCAAAAUAUGGACGUGAUAGACACGUACUUCUACUUCAACAUGUUCAAAUCGGAUGCCGACAAAACACUCGACUGUAUCAACAUUGUUUUCGAAAAGGGCCUCGCUACCUUGAUCGAUGUUGCCGAGGAGUGGCCCGAUUUCGAUCCGAGCACUUUGGCGAAAAUGAAAAAGCUGUUACCGGUGUAUGUGUCUAAGCUGGAAGAAUGUAUGACCCAAAAAUUUGACGAUGGUUUCAAAGUAUUGAACCAUGGUGAUCUAUGGUGUAACAACAUGCUGUUCAAAUAUAACGCGCCCUCCGGAACGGUUGAAGAUGUUGUUUUUGUAGACUACCAAAUGAGCUUCUAUUCCAGUCCGGGAAUUGAUCUCAACUACGUAAUAUCAAACUGUCCCGAUCGGGAAACUCGUAAUCGUACCGACGAGCUAAUUGAGAUCUACUAUCAGUCACUGAGCGAAAUCUUGAAGCAAAUUGAGUACCACUCGAUACCAACACUUGGGGAUGUUUAUCGAGAAAUCGAACGAAUGGAAUUUUUUGCCCUCGUUUCGGUUGUCACCAUACUGCCGAUCGUAAUGAUGGAAAAAACCGACUCAUUUGAGGCCAAUUUCGAGUCCAUGGUUAAUGAAGAGAUUGCAGCGGAAGCUAGGUAAAUACAAUUCCGUGGGAAGAUGUACCAAUCGAUUGCGAAGCCAAUGCUGAAGCGUUUUGAUGAAAGGAAACUAUUGGAUGUUUAAUGCUACUGGAAUAGACAAGGGGCAAGAAAAAACCUGCAUCCAUGAUACAACAUG